AUUAAGUUUACAUGGUUGCGUUGCGGAUAAGAUCACCCGUCUCAGAAACUUCUGAAUUUAAACUUUAUUGCCAAUAGGAAGUCAAUACCAUAAUGAUGACCUUGGCGACAUUUUAGUUUUGUUGUCACUGUUCGCGAUGAUUUUUAUAGUUAAAUAUACAUAAAUUCUACGUGCCGAUUGAUUUGUUGGUCAGCCUUUCUCUUGUUCUUUUAUCGAGCAUUUUUCCUACAGUGCUCUGCACAGUCUCGCUAGCGCCUAAAGUACCUUCAACUGAAGGUUAACCUUCCUCGAGCUUUCAAUUUUGGGGAAAUUUCGAGGAACUUUGGGAAAAUCUUGGGGUAUUUCGGGGAAAAUCCCCAAAUUUAAAUGACAUUGACCAAGUUUAAAGGUUGCAUCAUUAAAUGACUCGAUCCAAUUAUUAUGACGAGAUUUCAUAUUUAAUAACACGGAUCCAUGAAUGCAGGGAAAGGCGCAUGGAACUGAUGAAAGCAUAUGCUCUAAUUCAACAUACUGACUCUUCUGGGAAGAAUUCACUUUCAAGCGAAAUGAUCCAAUAUAACAUAAAUUUGAAAAGAAUAGAUGAAAACAUUAGAAAAUUAGAAAGAAGACAUGAAGUCCUGAAAUGUCAGUUCGAAAAAAUUAAACAAAAUGCUAAAGAAGAAUCUAUGUGGGAUGUGAAUAAAAUGUUGAAUCAUUCGUUUAAUAACCAAGAACUUCAACAGGUAAUUAAAAGAACAAAACAAAUUUUAGAUGCACAAGAAAUAACGUUGAAAUCUAUAUCAUUUAACAACAACGAUGACGAUGAAUAUGAAAGUGUUGAUAACAAUAUAAAACAUGAAGAAUUAUACAAAUUAUCGUUUAUUAACCAAACCAGGAUCGAAACACCACAAAAAUAUGGUGAUUAUAACAAAACGGAGAAUAAGGAAGCAAAUGACAAAGAGCCAGGGGAAGAUGAAGAAGAGAAAGAAUUGGGACAAAGAAGACCAAUCAGGGAGAUAACAGAUCGUGUUGAAUCAUCGAAUCAUGUUGUCCAUAAAAUUAGAUCUCCAGUAUUUUCGGAAGAUCUAAAUUAUUCAUCUGAUGAUUUUUAUAAACAAUCCAGAUUGUGUGAUUCAAAUAUUUUAUUGAACAAUCAUAGUAAUGAUGAGAAAUCUAACAAGAAUAAUAAUUCGCAACAUAUGGUCAUAGAAGAAGAAGAAGAAGGAAAAGAAGAAGAAGAAGAGGAGGAAGAAGAGGAAGAUAAUGAUACUCAAGAAACAGAUGAAGACAAGGCAGAACUAAAAUGUGAAAAUGUUUAUCCAACAGAUCCAAAUAAAAACGGAAUAAUUCAAAAAGGUCAAACUUAUGAAGCAUUUUUAGCAAAAGCAACAUUCAGCAUUGAAGAUUCAACUUAUGAUCCAGUUAAUGAGUCCAAUGAACAUGAAUCUGAAUAUGAUUCAAAAAUAUUAAAAAAUAAUGUAAAUAUAAAUGAAGAUAUGAGAGCAUCAAAUAAGUUAUUUGAUUCAACAAAUGCUAAUUUACUUUCAUCAUGGACAACAUAUAAAACGGAAGACUUAGAGGAUGACAGUUUCUAUGAUUGA